AUGCAGAUUCAAUAUGAAGCCGAUGCAAACACAACCCACGACCAAGCGAACUAUACUCUCAAAAACGAAGAGAAAGCCAAGUACGAGAUCGCGAACAGGUUGUCGUACCUGUCGCUCCAUAGGGCUCGUCGGAUCAAGUGUGACGAAUCCCCCGGGGCAUGUAACAAUUGCACCAGCACCGGGCGGGCAUGUGGAUACGAUGUGCACAGGCCGGUUUCAAAGGUGGGCACCGGUGUUUCCGUCCGGGCCGCCCUCACAACCAAUCCCCAGUGGAUCAUGACUUCGGAUGAGCGACGGUGUCUAUCAUUCUUCCACCAUCAAUCUCUACCACACCUGGUGGGCUUUUUUGACUCGCCACUCUGGCAGAAACUCAUCCUCCGGCUGUCGUCCACCGAGCCAGCGGUAUACCAUGCGCUCGUCGCUCUCGGUGCCGUCAGCCAAGCCAAUGACAUCCGAGGCCGUCUUCCCCGGCCUGGACAGAAGAAGGAUCUGCGGAAUAUCUGGUAUCGCUUUGCCCUUGAACAGUCCGGUCGGUCAAUUGCACUCAUCACCAAGCGACGCAUGUCGCAGGAUCCCCAACUGCAAGAAGUGAUUCUGGUCUGCUGCCUCUUAUUCACCGUGACCGAGUUACGUUGUGGGAACUUUGAUCGGGCAGCCGUACAUCUCCAAGGAGGUAUCCGGAUACUAGAAACGAUGAACAUUCAGCGACUGCCAUCAGGACUAGAGCUCAUGUCGGGUGCAGUAGACGAAUGUGUCGUGGAGUCGUUCCUAUCCCUCCAGGCCGGGUCGAUGUACUACUUUGCAGUUACCCCUUUGCGCUGUGAUAGUGACUUUAUAUACACAUAUCCAUACGAAAACUAUCUUGGUUUAUUCAGAAGCAUCCAACAUGCACGCCAGAUCUGGAGCCCUCUUGAACAUACCGUCUUUGAAUUUAUCGCGAUGUGCAUGAGGACCAGCCAUGCUGAACUCCAAGCCAAUCACACCACUGUUCACCAUCAGCAACUGCGGCUUCUUUCUUACAUGACGCGAUUCCUGCAGCAGUUCGACAUGUUCUGCCUCGCCACAUACGGCACAACCUCUUUCUCUCUGGAAGAAAGAAAUCAAGCCAAUAACAAAGAACAACGCGAGGCGGAACUAAUCCGGAUUAUUUGUCUUUCGGGGCUGUUGGGGGUUAAAAUUGCGCUGUACAGCCCAGCUCACCCGCCGUCCAAUGGUCACGUGCAUGAACGUCUGGCCCUGCUCGCAACAGUUGAAAAUGCCAUGAAUAAGUUCGACGCCGACCCUCCAACAUUCACCGAAAACAGCAUCAUCGCUCCAGCCUUGUAUAUCGCAGCGUGCGGCUCCCCGGACUACUUCAUCCAUUGUCAAGCGACCGAUCUCCUCCGACGUUGGGGAUCGCUGGAAGGGUUCCUCAGCGCGACCGUGAAUGCCGAUCUUCUAGACGAAGUCAUCAAGGAACUCCUAGUGCAGAUGUAUCAAACGGCUGCUCCAUUACCUCCAGGUGUGGCUUUUGGAAUGGGCCCUGCCGGCCGAGUUACUGCUCGAUUGACAUAUCGAGCGGGCGGGGGAUGGCGGGAACGGUUCGUGGCUCUUGAAAAGAACGAGGAUUUAGUUAGUGAUAUUUUGGCGCUGGGGGGAGUCGAGGAUUGGCCGGCUGUUCAAGCUUCUCAACUAUUGAACCUUAAUACGGGGGAACAGACCACAUUUGACACCUCGAAUCCGACUAAAAUUAGACAUAUGCUGGGCUUACCGUUCUAUGUCCAUCUUCCUAUUCGAGAAAAGAAUCCUAUACAUUCUGAUUGA